AUGUAGUCCCUCACCUACGGGGCCACCCCUCACAGGAUCAGGUAAACAGCUCCCGCAAAUCGGCUUGUGGACGCCUCUGUCCAGCACUCUCCUGGAAACUGUGGCUUAGAAAUUCGCGACCUGGCGUUGUGCUGACGCCAUCGCUCAGGCAGAGAGUUUGAUGCGGGGGUCCUGGAGGCGGAUGCGAAGAAGAAAGAGGAGAGUGACCUCACGAUCUUCGGAAGCUGGAUCCGAACCCUUUCGCUUGGUGGAAGCAGAAACAUAGGUCGAUGUCUGGACUGGUCUCAGCUGGGAAAUGGCUGUCUUUUGCUGCCUUCAGUGACAGAUGAGGUUUGAAUCAUCAGUGCUUUGAGGCUGUCUCAUUCUGGGUGUUCCGUCUCACAUUCAGGGGUUCCUGCAGAGUCUCCUCAAGGCUCUAUUUUCAUCAAGCUGCCACCAAGGUUCUUCACAACACCAUUGUGUCUAGUAGCUAAUUGUAUAGUGUUUUGCGUGGAGACUCUAGGACCAAGCCAUGAAUAUCCUCUCACUCUCAUGACUCUACACUAGUCUCCUUUUCUCAACUGUAUCUCCAAUAUCAUCUGUGUGUUUCUGAGGGCAAAACCAUGAACAAGCAACUUACAAACAUCAUGAAUGAAUAUGUGGAUUUGGUCUCAUUUGAGGAUGUCACUGUGAGCUUCACCUGGGAGGAGUGGCAGAAUCUUGAUGAUACUCAGAGGGUGCUGUACAGGAAUGUGAUGCUGGAGACAUACAGCAGCCUGGUAUCCCUGGGACAAUGUAUUCCUAAGCCUGAGUUGAUCUUCAAAUUGGAACAGGGAGCAGAGCCAUGGACAGCAGAGGAAACUGCAAACCAGAGUCUGCCAGGCUUCUACAAUGUGGAUGGCAACCUCACUGAACACCAAGAAACAUACUCAGGGAGCAAAUCUUGUAAAUGCCUUGAAAGUCAAAAAACCUUUACUAGCCAAUCAGACCUUCCAGUUCAUCCGGGGACACAUAACCAGAGGAAAGCCCAUGUAUGUAUCCAGUGUGAGAAACUCUUUAGCACUAAAUCUUCCCUUACUAGUCAUCAGAGAAUUCACACAGGAGAAAAGCCCUAUGGUUGUAGUAAAUGUGAUAAAACUUUCAGGCAAAAGUCAGCCCUCAUUGUACAUGAGAGAACUCAUACUGGUGAGAAACCCUUUGAAUGCUAUGAAUGUGGUAAAGCCUUCCAACAUAACUGGUAUCUCAAAAUGCAUCAGAGAACUCACACUGGUGAGAAACCAUAUGAAUGUAAAGAAUGUGGAAGAGCAUUUCUAAAGAAGUCAUACCUCAAAAUGCAUCAGGGAACUCACAAGAGUGAUAAACCAUAUGAAUGUGAAGAAUGUGGAAAAACCUUCCAUAACAGGUCUUACUUCAACACGCACCAUAGAACUCACACUGGUGAGAAACCCUAUGCAUGCAAUGAGUGUGGGAAAGCCUUUUACCAAAAGUCAGACCUCAGGAGGCAUCAGAGAAUUCACAACAAUGAGAAAUUACAUGAAUGUAAAGAGUGUGGAAAAGCCUUUCAAAAUAAGUCAUACCUCAAAACUCAUCAGAAAGUUCACACAGGUGAGAAACCAUAUGAAUGUAAAGAGUGUGGAAAAGCCUUUCAAAACAAGUCAUAUCUCAACAAACAUCAGAUAAUUCAUACAGGUGAGAAACCCUAUGAAUGUAAUAAGUGUGGGAAAACAUUUCAGUGGAAGUUAGUCCUUAGUAAGCAUUAUAGAAUUCACACAGGUGAAAAGCUCUAUGAAUGCAUUCAGUGUGGGAAAAUGUUUGGCUACAAAUCAUCUCUCAUUGUACAUGAGUUGAUUCAUUAUGGGGAGAAACCCUAUGAAUGCAAUAUAUGUAGAAAAACAUUUUCACAGAAAUCAAACCUAAGUAGGCAUCAGAGAACUCACAGACAUGGGGAAGUAUGAUGAUGAUGGGUAUAGAAAGACAUUUAUUUAAGCCUCAGAAUGCUUCAAAUACUCCAACCAAGAAUUUCCUUGAGUGUGUGUAGUAUAGGUGUUCUUUCUGUAAAACAACUCUCAGUUAACCUGAGAGAACCCUCACAGGGUUGAGAAACAUUAGGAACAUAUUGAAUGCAAAGGAAAGUUUCACCAGAACUUGCCCUUAAAAUGUUAUGAGAAAACUCACACAAGAGGAAAUUUUUAUAAAUGUAAUACAUAUGGGACAAUGUCCCACACUACAGGUCUACACUUGGAAUUCAUCUAAGUAUUUACAUAGGAGGAAACAUGAAUGUAAAAGAAUAUAGAGGUUUUAAACAUGUUUUAAAUAUAUCUAACUCAUAUUGGAGAAAACCUCAAUGAAAGUCAUGAAUGUGGAAAAUACUUUUUAUAACUGAAAAAAAUCUAUGAAUAUAAUUAAAGUUCAAAAUCAUUUUGGCAUCAUUCAUGCCUUAAUAUGCAUGAGAAAGCCUGCACUGGCAAAAGACUCUUCUAGAAAUGUAAUCAUUAGAAAACUAUCUGGAAGUCACACCUUGUGAAAUAUGAAAUAAUCCUGUGAGGAAAAUCUCUGUGAAUGGAAUAAUUAUGGAAUCUGUCCAGUAGAAAUUUCCCCACAGCAUACAUCAGAGAACUCACUUGAGAAAGGAAUGCCUAUAAUGUUGAAAGCCCAUUCAUUAACCAUACAUUACACCUAAGGAAGUAUCAGACAGCACAUUCUAGGAAAAGUCUUAUAGUAUUGAAGAACAUCAAGAACAUUUAGAAAAGAAGCAUUGGCAUAUAUCACAAAGUGUGUACAAUAGAAUGAUACUGGGUAGCAGAGUGGCUACAUGUCCCCCAGAGACCUUUUUCUUAUAUCUCUGGACCUAGCCUCCAAUUCUCAGCCUCUACUAUGGCUAUUACAAGUUAAGUGAGCUUUGCUGGGAGACUAUGAACUCAGCUGAUAUGCAAUAUUUCUAGACUUGGCAACUCAAAGAACAGCAGGCAUUGUUUUCCAGUUUAUGUCUAAGUGAAGUGAAGGUGACCCCCCCCCCCCCCACCUUUUUUUUUGAGACAGGGUUUCUCUGUGAAAGUUUGUCACCUUUCCUGGAACUCAGUCUGUAGGCCAGGCUGGCCUCAAACUCACAGAGAUCCGCCUGCUCCUGCCUCCCGGGUCCUGGUACUAAAGGCAUGCACCAACACCACCUGGCCCAAGGACAUUCUUGCAAACAUUGGGGAAUAUUUAUUGGGAUUGAAGAAUUGGUUGAAGAAAACAGAAAUCUUUCACCUUUGUCUUUGUGCCCUAUGCCUGGCAUAUUAGUGUGAAAUAAAUGUUUGUAAUAUUUA